AUGAAGAGCACCCAAACCCCGCUCCAUCGUCUUUGUAACCCUCUGCUCGCCCUCCUCUUCCUCGCAGCAACAGCAGCAGCAUCCCAGAUUGCCAUGGCGGCCGAGUCCGAGCAGGCGACCGCGGCGCAGGAGGCGGUCGUGCACAUCGUCUAUGUCGACUGCCUUGAGGACGCCGACCCCGAGGAGUUCCACAUCUGCACCCUCUCCCCCGUCCUUGGCAGCAAGGAGAAGGCUAUGGAUGAGGUGCUCUACCACUACAAUCACGCCGCCAACUGCUUCUCUGCGAAGCUCACUGCCGAGCAGGUCAAGAACCUCAAGAAGCAACCAGGUGUCCUUGAGGUUGUGCCGAGCCAGACUCUCCAGCUCCAUGGACAGGAGGGUGGACAUGCCAGCACAACGCUCACCAUGGGCCUUAUGUGAAAGCCUUAUGGUAUGGGAAUGAUGGUCAG